CUCAGGAGAGAGAACAUGUCACUCAAACUCCCACGGACUGUGAGGGACUUCAACCUGAAAACAGACUCUGGCCGAAUAGGUCGCUCAAAGAGCGUGAUGCCGGGGGAAAGCAACUCAGCGUCAAACAGGCCCCCGUCCCCCAACAUGUUGGACCGUCCCGUCAAGUCGGGCUGGUUGAAAAAGCAGCGUUCCAUCGUGAAGAACUGGUCUCCUCGCUGGUUCGUUCUCCGGGGAUGUUACCUCCUUUAUCACAAGGAGGAAGAUGACGGAAAGAUUCAGGGGUCUAUUGUCCUUCAGGACUGUAAAGUCAACGAACUUCCAUCCAACCCCGAGGACCCCGGCAGGUUCAUGUUUGAAAUUGUCCCAGGAGCGACGGGCGAUCGAGAGCGGACGGGAGGUGUUCAGGACUCGUGCACCCUGAUGGCCAAUUCGCAGAGCGAGAUGGAGGAUUGGGUGAAGGCUCUUCGCAGAGCCAUGGGCUCGCUGUCCAGUGGAGCCGUGUUUGGCCAGCGUUUGGCACAUACAGUCAGCUACGAGCAGAAAUUCGGGCAGCACUUAGUACCCAUCGUUGUGGAGCAGUGCGCGGACUUCAUACGAGAGCACGGGCUGAACGAGGAGGGAAUCUUCAGGCUCCCUGGUCAGGACAACCUGGUCAAGCAACUGAGAGACACCUUCGACUCUGGAGAGAGGCCCUCCUUCAAUCAGGACACUGAUGUGCACACAGUGGCCUCCUUGUUCAAGCUCUACGUCAGAGAACUCCCGGAGCCUGUCGUUCCCUGGGCUCAAUACGAAGAUUUCCUGGCGUGCAGUCAGAUAAUGAACGGUGACGAAGACGGGGGUCAACAGGAGCUGGUGAAACAGCUGACUUUAUUGCCUCAAGUCAACUACAAUCUGCUGUGUUACAUUUGCAGGUUCCUCUACGAAGUCCAGUUACAUUCCAACAUCAACAAGAUGAGUGUGGAUAACCUGGCCACCGUUAUUGGGGUCAACCUCCUGAAACCAAAGAUUGAGGACCCCGUGGCUAUCAUGAGAGGCACACCCCAGAUCCAGAAGCUGAUGACCGUGCUGAUCAGUGAUCACAAAACCUUCUUCCCAAAGCACAAGGACAAAACACCGUCCCCAACCCACCAGGCGUCUGAUGGCAAAAAAGGCCCUGUCCAGAGAAGCUCAGUGGGCUGGGACGCUGCGGAGAUGUCAAUGGGGGGGACGAGUGAAAUGCACGUGUCCCGUCAAAUUGGUAUCUCAACGGUGAACAUCACGGAGGCUUCCCAGCAGGAGAGCAGCUGGAUCGAAAGUCCCAGGAAAAGGACCCAGACGCUGCCGGCCGGCAAGUGCACCUUGAGCUCGGUCAAGGAGAUGAACGGGGUGAAGACUGGGGGAGACCUCAGCAACUGGGGAGCGUUGGCUGGAGACGGGGCGGGCAGGGCUGAGCUGGGGGAGAGUCAGAAGCAGAAGAAUCAGAGGUUCUCGGUUUAUGAGAGUGUCCCAACUCAGGGGCCAACUUCCAACUCAGCUGACGUGGCCGGAGAGGUUUACACGGCGCCCAAGCCAGCCAGGAACCCGCUCCCAAAGACUCAAAGCUUUUCGGCGCAGGGACAGGAUCAGCCAGAGGACCGGGAGACUCCGGAGGGAGCGGAGGUGGAUCUGGAGGGGAUGGGGCUGGAGGAGAUGCAGAGGGAGCUGUUGGUCCUCAGGCAGGAGAUGAACAAUCAGAAGAAGACCAUUGAAGGACUCGAGAAGGAGAACUACGAAGUCUGGGCGAGGGUUGUUCGUAUGAGCGGAGAGUUGGAGGAAGAGAAGAAGAAAUACGCAGGGCUGGAGAUCAAGCUGAGGAACAGGGUGCGCGCACAAGAGGACGCAGAGAGACGCAACCAAGUGUUGGAGGAAGAGAUCAAAGACUUCUGUAAGAUUCCCAGCGACACUGAGUCUUAAGAUUUAAGCACCUGGUCAUGCUGUGGUUAUGAUUCUUCCUGGGCCUCCCUCCUUCCCUCCCUCCCUCCCUCCCUCCCUCCCAC